UAUUUUUCAUUAAAGAAAACCAGGGAGGAGCAGCGUGGAAGUCAACAGAAGUAAGUUUAUUAUUUAUUUUAUUUCUUGUUUUCUUUUCACUCGCAUUAGGAAGGACUUCCGGUUUUUUUUUGUCCGAGGGGAACCGGUUCUAGUUUUGAAAGGUUCGAGUUUGCGCGGUAUCUUUCUCCUUUCAACGGCUCUCUUCGUGAGUGGAGAGGUUUUGAUCGGAGCGUGUGCGAAACGGGGACUAAUAUGAGCCGAGUUUGGCAAGAAAUUCUAUUUCCACGGUUUGCAAAGUGCCUGGGACAUCAUUAAGUCCGGGAAGGCUUAAAUGGGCGCUCGUUGCUCAAAGAACUGAGCUUCGGGCACAAUCCGAGAGACCAUCCGGUGGAUGGUGUAUAACGUCUCUGCCCAGCUCUGCACACCGUGAAGAAGUCUCCAGCAGGCAAUAAGGGGCAAAUUGAUUAGUUUGAACAUAAGAAAAGAGGGCCAACGAAGUUUUUGGCUGUGAUUUUUGCCUUGCUGGAGACUUAUAAAUUGUCUUGUUAUUGCCAGGAUGUAAUGUGUCCCGCACGAGUUGAACACGGAUUUCCCAGAAUGCACUGCGAGAAAGGUUAAAAACAUGUUUAAUAUUUGACCAUUACAGUGAGACUGUUCUGUUGUUGUGUUUCAGUGUCUACGACGGAGGUGCUGAUCUUUGAAUAAGCGAGCAACAACGGUGAGUAGCAGGCUUUUUGCCAGGAAAGGUUAUGUUACAAAGUCGUGAAAGUGUAGUUCAAAUCAAAGUCUGUGGUUUCGUAUAGCGAAGGUUUAUUUUUGGUCAUGUGUCGAGCGACUCUGGAAAUUUACUGUGUUUAAAAAGAGCCGCCGUCCUACUGCACAGGCUGAAUUGUCGUUCAUUUUCAGUUUAUUGUUGGCAUUGCAAGCUAAAUGCUGAUCGGAUCGCGGAAGAGUAACUAUUUUUCCUCAAAGGAUGUUAAAGUUCCCGCGCUAUAGCACCGUCGCGACGACGAGCGCCAUUUAUGCUUGAUUCUCCGGAAUGUUCGGUACAAUGUUUUUAAUCUGCUUUAUGCACCGGUACGGCGAUUAUAAAACCAUUGCAGGAUGAAACUGAUCUAGGGAAAAUGAUGUAGAAGAGAUAUAUUACUUUUUAAACACGUGUUGAGGAAUUUUCUUUAAACAAGGUUUUCCUUUUGCCCUUUUCUUUCAGAUGUGGCCGUUGGUUUUACCCGCCCCCUCGGAGCUGGAAUAUUUACUCUCUGAAAUGUUUAUAUUAUCUGUGCUCUGCUGUGGUCAAACACGAAGAAAGCGAAGCGAAACGUCUUGUAAGAUAACGUUAAUUCAAAACUAUUUGCUUGACCGGUGAUUAGUCUUCGAAAAUCGCCUAUAUUGAAACUACAUCUCUGUAUUUCUCACCUCCUGACCCGUCUUUUGAAAUUCAAUCCUACGCUCAGUACGGCGAUGUAAUUGAUAUGUAACGCAACGUAAUUUGGUAUCCUGCCCAGAAGUCCCUCAAACGUUAACCCUCAACAAACCGUACUUCUUGUUUGUAACCUUUAUCCUUAUUUAACCCUAAGCCUUGGCUCAACUUUAGCUAUCCACCCUAACCAGCUCAACGUAACACCCUUUUCCUGACAAGGCGAACGUUUAACUCAGUCGAUCAACUCAUGUGUUAUGACCAUUGAAAUCAGUUGAGACUGCUCGUCUAACCCUAACCCUCCAACCUAACCCUAACCUAUUCCUAACCCUAACCCCAACCUCGACCUAAUCUGAUUUCUAACCCUAACCCUAUCCCUAGUCCUUACCCUAACCUAACCCUAACCCCAACCUUAACCUUAACCCUAACCCUAACUCUUCCUCCCCCUUCCCCCCCCCCCCCACCCCUGCUCUUUCAUUUAGUAGUACACAGUGAAAACUAAGUAAUAGGUGCUUUUCGAAGUUAGCCUCAAAAGGCUCUUAUAAAUUUUCUGUUUCUUGGAAAUUAAGCUGUUUAGGUUCUCAAACAUGCGAGGUUCUUAUUUUCUUAAGGAAAAAAGACUUUUUGGAAGAAUGUUGGUGGUUUUAAAUGUUUGUACAGAAUAUGCAUGUUGUUAUGUCUAAAUGACUGCAAUUUAGGCCAAUAGAAACUUUUUUUGCCAUUAGAAUGAUUAGUUGACUUUAAGAAGUGCAUAGCGAUCUGUUUUAACAUUUGUACUUUAUCAGGUUCUUUCCAAAUCUUAGCCUGAAGAAUUCUGGUUCUUAUCUGUGCCUCUCCUCUGUGUCACUAACCUGACACAAUAAUGAGUGACACGUGCAUGUUUCACUGUACAGUAUUUUUCAGAUGAAAUAAAAUACUGAUUUGGAUUGUUUUUGUUGUAUUAGGGGCAAUUAAAGUCUUAGUGAAAACUAUACACUGUAAUUUUCAGGGAGUUAUAAUAACUCCUCUAGUGGGGCUAAUUUAACUCCUUACAGUGGAGUUAUUUUUCGUGGAGUUAUUUUAACUCCAAAAAGGAGUUUAAAGAACUCUUUUUCAGGAGUAAAAGUGACCCCAGAUAUUGAGGAGUUAAAAUAACCCCAAAAAAGGAGUUAUCCUGUACCUAAAAUUUUUACUCCACUUUCAGAGUUAAAUUAACUCCAAAAAGAGUAAAAACAACCCAUGUAAGGAGUACAAGUAACCCCAUUUCGGAGUAAUUUUAACUCCAGACUGGGAGUAAAAAGAACUCUUUUUCAGGAGUAAAAAUGACCCCAAAUUCGGAGUUAAAUUAGGAGUUAAAAUAACCCCAAAAAAGGGGUUAUCCUGUACCUAAAAUUUUUACUCCAUUUUUGGAGUUAUAAUAACUCCCUAAAAAUUACGGUGUAUAUUAUAUAUGUAAAUUAAUUUUAUGAAAUGCCAUUUUUUAUCAUAGAUAUUUUUCAUUAAAGAAAACCAGGGAGGAGCAGCGUGGAAGUCAACAGAAGUAAGUUUAUUAUUUAUUUUAUUUCUUGUUUUCUUUUCACUCGCAUUAGGAAGGACUUCCGGUUUUUUUUUGUCCGAGGGGAACCGGUUCUAGUUUUGAAAGGUUCGAGUUUGCGCGGUAUCUUUCUCCUUUCAACGGCUCUCUUCGUGAGUGGAGAGGUUUUGAUCGGAGCGUGUGCGAAACGGGGACUAAUAUGAGCCGAGUUUGGCAAGAAAUUCUAUUUCCACGGUUUGCAAAGUGCCUGGGACAUCAUUAAGUCCGGGAAGGCUUAAAUGGGCGCUCGUUGCUCAAAGAACUGAGCUUCGGGCACAAUCCGAGAGACCAUCCGGUGGAUGGUGUAUAACGUCUCUGCCCAGCUCUGCACACCGUGAAGAAGUCUCCAGCAGGCAAUAAGGGGCAAAUUGAUUAGUUUGAACAUAAGAAAAGAGGGCCAACGAAGUUUUUGGCUGUGAUUUUUGCCUUGCUGGAGACUUAUAAAUUGUCUUGUUAUUGCCAGGAUGUAAUGUGUCCCGCACGAGUUGAACACGGAUUUCCCAGAAUGCACUGCGAGAAAGGUUAA